UAGGACGUUAGAAUUUUAAUAUUUUUUUGCCAUUGUCCUUUGGUCUCCUUUGAGUCUUGAGUCAGAUCUCCCAGUGCGAGCUUACAUUCAAAGAUAUACUGACUUGUACUUAAAUUUAUUUUUUAAAUUUCCGUCGUUUUCGCCAUUUAAAAUUUUACGUGUCGGCAACAGGUACGGCUUCUUAUUGAGUUUUAAUUAAUUAUACAUAAGGUCUUUUUCACACCGACCCAAAGUGUACUCACUACUUAAUUUACUUGCUAAUUUAAAUUUUUAUAGUGAACGUGAUUAAUUAUUUCUGUGACGAAUUAAAAGUUGGUUGAAAUUUUGAGAAAAAAUUUAAAAAUAAAUAGAAGAUAAUAAUUUGAAAUGGACGUCGAUGAAUUUCGAAUUCGCGGGAAAGAAAUGGUCGAGUAUAUUUGUGAUUUUAUGAAUAAUAUUCACACACGUCGGGUUACUCCUGACGUUGGUCCGGGAUAUCUACGUCCUCUAUUGCCGUCAGAAGCACCGUAUGACGGAGAACCGUGGACUGACAUUAUGAAAGAUGUCGAGAGUAAAAUAAUGCCUGGAAUAACUCACUGGCAACAUCCGCGUUUCCACGCGUAUUUUCCCGCCGGCAAUUCAUUUCCUUCGAUUCUGGGUGACAUGUUAUCGGACGCGAUUGGCUGUAUUGGUUUUUCGUGGGCGGCAAGUCCGGCUUGUACGGAAUUGGAAACUAUAGUUUGCGAUUGGUUUGGUAAAGCAAUGCACCUGCCCAACGAUUUUUUGUACUUUAGUCCUGGUAGUAGAGGCGGCGGAGUAAUUCAGGGAUCAGCGUCAGAAAGUAUUCUGGUCUGCAUGUUAGCAGCAAGAGCGCAGGCAAUAGCCCGUCUGAAAGAAUCCCCGGCUCAUGCUCAUCUUGAUGAAACAGCUCUCCUGGGUAAAUUGAUGGCCUAUUGCAGCCGCGAAUCUCACAGUUGUGUUGAGAAGGACGCGAUGAUUUGCUUCGUUAAAUUAAGAAUCCUCGAGCCAGAUGAAAAGAGUAUCAUGCGCGGCGAGACACUGAAGCAGGCGAUCGAAGCCGAUGUUGCCGAGGGUUUGGUUCCGUUUUUUGUGUCCACGACAUUGGGGACCACUGCUUGUUGUUCCUUUGAUAAUCUCAAAGAGAUUGGACCAGUUUGUAGACAAUACUCUGGGAUUUGGUUACAUGCAGACGCAGCUUACGCGGGCAAUGCCUUUAUUUGUCCAGAAUUGAGAUAUUUGAUGGCUGGUAUUGAAUAUGCUGAUUCAAUAAAUACGAAUACUAAUAAAUUUUUGUUAACUAAUUUCGACUGCUCUUGUCUUUGGGUGAGAGAUCGAUUUAAAUUGACUAGUGCGCUGGUUGUUGAUCCAUUGUAUCUUCAACAUACACAUGCAGAUACUGCUAUUGACUAUAGACAUUGGAGUAUUCCAUUGAGUCGAAGAUUUCGAUCAUUGAAAUUGUGGUUUGUAAUGAGAAAUUACGGAAUAAGUGGAUUACAAGCUUACAUACGUAAUCAUUGUAAAUUAGCUAAACAAUUUGAACAAUUUAUACGCAAGGACGAUCGUUUUGAAGUCUGUAAUGAAGUUGUGCUAGGACUCGUUUGUUUUCGCGCAAAAGGUUCCGAUAAAUUGAAUCAAAAGCUCUUGAGCAUGAUCAAUGAUUCAGGAAAAAUUCAUAUGAUACCAGCUAAAGUUAAUCAGAAAUACACAAUCCGCUUUGCUUUGGCUGCACCGAAUGCAACUUCUGAAGAUGUCGAAAUUGCAUGGAAUGUUAUCACUGAUUACUUGUCAGAAAUUUUAGAAGGCAAAGAAGUUGUGGACAAACUCGCAGACAUACGAGAAAAAAAACGCAAAGCAACUUUGGAACAACGAAGAUCAUUUUUCGUUCGCAUGGUAUCUGAUCCUGCGAUCCAACCAGGAUUUACUAAGACACCAAACAGACCAGAAGCUAAACUGGAAACCCAAGCGACUAUUGGCGGCCUUGGUUCUAAUCCCCGUACCACAAGUUCGUGGAUAUCAUGGCCACUGGCUUACUUAAUGUCUCGUGAAUCAACGGACACAAGUGAACUGUCUUUAAGAUUCCGGCACUUGGAUACGAUGGUCCGUUUGAAAACAGGAGCGGGAAGCCGCCGAGGCAGCAGUAAUGGCUGCAGCCCCGAGCCAUCUCCAACGGUAUCGCCAUCACGAGGCCGGUCACCAAAUGGCCGAUCGUAAUUUAUCUCUAGCAAAUUAAUAGACAAUUUAUAAAGUAACGACUAACGAACCAUUAAUUAUUGCAACGUCAAUCUCGUCAUCUUGGGGGAUGGCUUUUUAUUUUAUAAAUUUAAACCGCAAAGGCUAAUUGUCAAUGUUAAUCAUAAGAUCGAUAAACUGCCUCCAAGUAAUGUCAUGACAUUACUCUCGAUGAAAGUAAUUUAUUAUUUAUAAUUUAUUUAUCUUUACUCUUUUUUUCUAUUUAUUUACUCGAUUAAAUUGAAUUGCUGUCAUUGAAUACAUACAUAUAUAUAUAUAUAUAAUAAACAAAUUAAGAGUAACAUAUGUUUGUUAUUAUAUAUAAUAAAUUGAUUUUACUACUAGGGAUUUAAAUGAACAUCGAGUGGUCGAGCGGAAGACGAGUCAAGCGUGAAGUGUCGUGAUAUAAAACUACUAAAUAAAUUGUUAUUAUAUAUAUGUGCUAUAAAAUAUCAUUUUAUAUUUAUAUAGACACACUGUGUGAGUAUAUAUGUAUAUAUAUAAAUACAUACAUUGACCAGUGACCUGUCCAGAGCAAUAUAGUACAGCGAUGCUUUAUAAAAACGUGUUUGCUGAAUAUCGGGGAAGAGUAAGUGGCUAUUUAUAAAAUCGCUAGAGGGAGGAUUUUACCCCUUCACUUUAAAACCCCGUGGACCUGUACCCGACUCUCACUACUCGUUACCUUUUCCAUCACUUACUUUCCGACCGUUCGCUGUGAAACUCUAGUUAACACGGGGCUUGAUAUCAUUUUUAAUUUUCGCGAAAGCGGGUUUAUUAUUAACGAACACUUGGAUCAAUUUAUUAUUGUUAUUAUUAUUGAAUAAUUUGCUUGUUAAUUAAUUGAGUUAAUGGUGGGAAUAAACUUUUUAUUGAUAAUUAUAUUUCUUCUUUAAUUAGACCGUGUUAAGAAGUACGCGCUCGGGUUGGUAAAUUUAAAAUCGAUAAAAAAGUGCUUUAUUAAUCACUGCCAGAUUAGUUAGCAGUAAAAAAACUUUAGUAUGUGGUAAAUUUGUUAUUAAUUUUGAUAGUUACUGAUUAAUAAUUCAUAAUUACUAAUUAAAGUAA